AGGUCUAAGCAUAUUCUACAGAUGUACGUGAUCGCACAUUGGCUCAGUAGAGUAUUACACUGUGAUAUGAAUGCAUUGUUGAAAUGAAAGUUUCUAGACUAGAAGUGUGUUGCGGCGUUGCAUUGGUGUUGCUAGCAAGUGUUAUAGUAAUAUUUUUCUGGACAAAAGAAGUCAGGGAGUUCAAAAUAGAUUAUGAAAAUAAUCGGUUCCUCAAAGAUGGAGAACCAUUCCAGUACAUCUCCGGUAGUCUGCACUACUUCAGAGUUCCUCGGGUCUACUGGCAGGAUAGACUGAGGAAACUACGAGCUGCUGGGCUAAAUGUUGUUAGUUUAUAUGUAGAAUGGUCUCGGCAUGAGCCUCAACCAGGAGUGUUUGACUUCACAGGAGAAAAUGAUUUGGAACACUUUAUCAAGCUGGCUGAGGAGGAAGGUUUGCUGGUCAUCUUGCGCCCAGGACCAUACAUCUGUGCAGAAAGGGAUCUGGGCGGAUAUCCCGUCUGGCUACUUCAUAAAAAUCCAAAAAUGCAACUGAGGACUAGUGACCCAAGUCACACAAAGUAUGUUCAAAUAUGGAUAGACACUCUCUUGUCAAGGCUAGAACAUCUUCUGUAUGGGAAUGGUGGUCCAAUUAUUAUGGUCCAGGUAGAGAACGAGUACGGAAGUUAUUCGACGUGCGACAGGAACUACACACUGUGGCUGAGAGAUCUGUUUGUCAAACACGUCGGGACGAAGGCUGUGCUGUUUACGACUGACGGAGCUGCCAAGGGCUUCCUGAAGUGUGGACCAAUACCUGGAGUCUUCAUCACUGUUGACUUUGGAUCAGGCGCAAAUAUCACUAAGGCGUUUGAGCCCCUUAGGGCCAUUCAACCUAAAGGUCCGCUGGUUAACUCGGAAUUCUACCCCGGGUGGCUCACACACUGGGGUGAGUCUGUGAGUACAGUGGAGACGGAACGCAUAGUGAACACUACCAGAGAUAUGCUACAAGCAAAUGUGUCCUUCAACUACUACAUGUUCUUUGGAGGAACCAACUUCGGGUACACCUCAGGAGCGAAUUACAGAGACUCUCCAAACACCAGUUUCCAGCCGCAGCUAACAUCAUAUGAUUACGACGCUCCCAUUACCGAGGCCGGAGAUUUGACGCAGAAAUAUUUUGCUAUUAGAUCUGUCAUAUCGGAGUUUGUCACAGUACCAGGAAUUCCAGUUGAAAAUUCCAAAAAGUUCAGCUAUAGUGGUUUGGUUUUGGAUCCCAGAGUGUCGUUGUUCGACUCACCUGGUGUUGUUUACCCAGAGACAACAUAUCCAAAGACAUUCGAGGAGCUGGGACUUUACACAGGGUUUCUAUUAUACGAGACAAGGUUACCAGAAACUUUCUCAAGUCAAGGAUUGUUGACAGCUAAGCACUUACACGACCGAGCUCUUGUCUACAUUGAUAAGCAACCAGUUGGCAUUUUGGACAGAAGUAAUGCUACCUUCUCCUUGAAUAUAUCAGGAAAGCCACAUCAAACAUUGAGCCUUCUGGUGGAGAAUCAGGGACAUAUAAACUAUGGAAUUAUGUCCGACUUAAAGGGUCUUACUGAGAACGUAACACUUAAUGGAGAUGUUCUCUUGAACUGGAAGCAGACAGGCUUCCCUACGGAGGAUGUUUCUCAUGUUGUAGACCUCCCAAAAUCUGAGACAGUAAAACUUCCUGCCUUCUACUCCCAGAAGUUCCAGCUCACGAAUACAGCAGAAGACCCAGGAGAUACAUUUGUUGACAUGUCUGGUUGGACUAAGGGUGUUGUGUAUGUCAACGGCCACAACCUAGGACGCUAUUGGUCCACUGAAGGACCUCAACAAAGCCUGUUCUUGCCAGGACCUUUUCUGCACAAGCAUCCUGAGUAUAAUACCAUCGUUGUCCUGGAACUGGAGACAGAGAAUUCUCUCAGGAAGGUGUUCUUCUCCCCAACACCUGUGUGGUCUUCAGGAAACUCUAGAUGAGUUUGAGAAUGCAAAUAUUUAUAUUUAAUAGAACAGAUGAUCGUGAGAUAUCUAUAUAUAUAAAAUCCAAUGUAUGUUUGUUUGUUUGUUUGUUUGUCCUUUAUGGACUCCGAAACCGCUUGACAGAUUGUAAUGAAACUUUCAGGCAUUAUAUUAAGCAUUAUCAUAGAUAAAACAUACUCCCUUAGUAGAUUUCUCAUUCUUAUGGAACAGCUGAAGACACUUUUAUUGUUAGUUCAUGUACGGUUUAUGUAGAGGUCGUGUUUUGUUUACAAUUUGUUUCCCAUUAUUACAGCCAUUUAAAACCUCGUUUAACCAAAUAAUACGAUAUAAUCAUAAACAAUAACUUGUCCCCUAGUUAUAUAACCAAACAGUAAAGCAGAAAUCAAGAAAUUAACCCUAAAAUAAUUGAAACAAAGUUUCAUCGACACUAGCGCCUUUGUGUCACGUACAUGAACUAGACACGAAAAACGUGCUUCAAAAUUUACAAUGGGAUGAGAAGUCUACUUGUGUUGGUUAGUCUAUGGCAUUAUUCAAGGAUGGUUUGUGUGAAGUUUGGUGCAGAUCCGUCAAAAGGGCUUCGCCCCAGUGGCUUUGGAGUUUCCCAUGUUAACCUUAUGAGUACUCAUAUUUAAAUGGAAUUAAAGAAUCUUAACAGCUGGUUCAACUGAACAAUUCAAUUCUGUGAUGUUCAAUAGCAUUAAAAAGUUAAUAGGCUUACCAACAGGGUGCAGGACAAUUAUUUUUUUAAAUUUAUGACAACAGCUUAUUUGCAACCAAAAGGUGAGUGAGCAUAGCGAACGAAACCGUGAUGCGAGUUAGCGUAGCGAACGAGCUAACGUGAAGGCAAGUGAGCGUAGCGAACGAGCUCCAACCUAAAGGUGAGUGAGCGUAGCGAACGAACUUCAACCAGGACGUGAUGAGCCAUGCGAACGAGCUCAUCUUGAAAAUGAACGAGCAUUUGGCAUGAAACCACAUUAGGACAGGACGACGUCUGUCGGGCCAGCUAGUUUAACAUAAAAAGUAUGUGGUAAAUAAAUAUCUAAGGUGACAGAUUCAUGACUAAACAAAUAAACAAAGUCAAAAACUAUUGUUAUAAGCACUACAAAUAAUUCAAUUUCCACUAAAAGAUAAUAAAAUAAGUUUUUAAUUCUUAAUAGUAAUCCGGCUGUUUAGUUAAAUGAGGAGUUUUUAUAAUUUAACAGUUUUUUUUGUGAUGAUAGCCAACUAAUAUUAAACAACAGAAUUUCUCUCAAAGUUAUUUUACAAAACAUUGUGAUUGAAAACUGUUGUAAUUUAAUUUUUUUAAAGAUUGAUUAAUUAAAUGAAAAUUAAAAGUUUUAGGAUUUAUUUCACAACAAUACGAUCUGAAAUAUGAAAUCAAUAACAUACUUAGGUGGUAAGUUAGGUUGUUAUUAUUAUGAUUACUUAUUAAAUCUACAUUUUGUACAAUGUAAAUAAAUAUAGCCCAUUUAU